AUGACGUUCGCCAAACUCUCAGAGAAUCCGGAGUACUCCAGCAUUCUACCAGCAACCUUUCUUCACGGCUAUGCAUCGGCAGCCUACCAAAUCGAAGGCGCAACUUCUCAGGGUGGCCGUGGGGCAUCCAUUUGGGAUGAGUUCUUGAGAGAUUCGCCGGAAAAUGGUGACACUGCCUGCAACUCAUAUCAUUUGUGGAGAAAUGAUAUCGAACUUCUCAAGCAGUAUGGGGCUAAUUCAUAUCGAUUCUCCAUAUCGUGGUCGCGAAUCAAGCCUCUCGGAGGCAGGAAAGACGAGGUUAACCAUGAAGGAAUCAAGUAUUACAAUGACCUCAUCGAUGGGCUUUUGGAAGCUGGAAUCGAGCCGACGGUCACUUUGUUCCAUUAUGACGUUCCAUUGUCACUCCAGAGACGGUACAGAGGGUUUGCGGCAGCCGACAGUGGAGAAUUGGUUGAAGAUUUCUGUUCAUUUGCGAGGCUCUGCUUCGAGACCUUCGGUGACCGGGUGAAACGAUGGUUAACCAUCAACGAGCCUUGGAUCUUUACGAUAUUGUACUCUUUGGGUCUUGCUGAAGACUGGACUCAACCCGACUUUUUCAGGGUUGGACACAACUGUAUACUCGUUCAUGGCCACGUCGCUCGUCUUUAUCGUGAAGAGUUUAAAAUGACACAGGACGGUCAGAUUGGGAUUGCUCUGAAUAUGGAAUGGGUAGAGCCUGUUGAUGAAUCCCCUGCGGCUGUGCAGGCUGCUAAUCUCGCCACAGAGAGAUGCAUUGAUUGGUUUGCGAAGCCUAUCUUUCUCGGUACGCAGACGAAUGCUUGGGAUCGCCACAGUGACAUUUUUCCUCGAUUCUCCGAGGAAGAGUUGCAAAUGUUAAAUGGUUCUGCAGACUUCUUCUCUGUGAAUCAUUAUGGAACGUCUUACGCUACAGGGAGGAUCCUAGAGCCUGGAUCUAAGCUGGAUAUAUGGACUAUGGAUGAAGUAGAGAAGUCAUGGACAAAAGAUGGAAUAUUAAUCGGGAGACGAGGCCAUAACGGCCACCCGCAUACUGUUCCCUGGGGCUUCAGAAAGGUGCUUGUCUAUUGUUGGGAUCAUUUUGCCAAAGCAUUAGACAUUCCCAUCAUUGUCUAUGAAAACGGAUAUGCCAUGGAAAAUGAAAGCAGCAUGGCUAUUGAGUCUAUUAUAGACGAUACCGCUCGACAGGAGUACUACAACAAUUACUUCCAGGCCCUGUGUGACGCAGUGAAAAUGGAUGGGGUGCAGGUUGCAGGAUAUCACGCCUGGAGUCUCCUCGACAAUCUUGAAUGGCACAACGGCUACCAGCCGCGAUUCGGAGUCACAUUUGUGGAUCGUGAGGCCGGAUAUAAGCGCAUUCCCAAAAAAUCGGCUAGCCUUCUCAACUCUAUCUGGCGUUAUACGGUGCAUGGAAAACGCGAGUAA